GAGGAUUGAGCUAUACUCAACUUUCUUUAUUUUCUCAUUCUACACUCUUCCUCUCUGUUUCAAGCUGUCCUUUGGAGGUACAAAAUACAAAAAUAAUCAUAAUCAUGGGAGAUGUAUUGAACAAUGAUCAAAUUGUUGAAUUGCAAGAAGCCUUCAGUCUGUUUGACAGAGAUGGAGAUGGUUGCAUAACGGUAGAAGAAUUAGCAACAGUAAUAAGGUCAUUGGAUCAAAAUCCAACAGAGGAAGAACUGCAGGAUAUGAUAACUGAAGUUGAUUCUGAUGGCAAUGGAACCAUUGAAUUCACUGAAUUCUUGAACCUUAUGGCCAAGAAAAUGAAGGAUACUGAUGCAGAGGAGGAACUUAAAGAGGCUUUCAAGGUGUUUGACAAAGAUCAAAAUGGUUACAUAUCUGCUAACGAGCUAAGGCAUGUGAUGAUAAAUCUUGGGGAGAAAUUAACAGAUGAAGAAGUUGAACAGAUGAUUAAAGAAGCAGAUUUGGAUGGUGAUGGUCAAGUCAACUUUGAUGAAUUUGUUAAAAUGAUGAUGAAUGUUUGAUAGGAUUUAAUUAAUUAGAACCUCAAAAUCAUUAAUUACUAUUCAUAAUUUAUUCUUUUCUUAUCAAUUUCCAUGUUAUUGUUCUUCUAUUUUUUAGCAUUUGUUUGACUUAUCAAUGUAACAAACAAGAAAUUGAUUAUUAGUUUAUGAAAUUGUACUCUCUUUCUUUAAAUUUAUAAGAAAAAGAAAGAACCAAUUUUUAUUGGAA